AUAAAAAAUGCAAAUUUUGUUAGUGAAUAUAUUUUUAUAGUUGCAAUACUUUUCUACCAUGAAUUGGAGAACAAAACCUUUCCAAAUGGGAUUAGCCUAUGCUUUUGGAGGGUGUCUGGCUUCUGAUGCUUUCUUGCCCGAAGUUCGAAUAAUAUCUUCGGGUUACGGCGCUCUCUCCACUGUUGAGACUCCAGGAGGCAUCUUCCUUGUUUAGUUUAUGCUGUAUUGGUUUCAAAAGGAGGUAUCCCCAAAUGUGGCUAGCUUUCUCCUUAGAUAUUUUCAGGUUGCCGUAUGUCCUGCCUUGGCCUUCCCCACCCAAAAAACUUGCAUUCCCACCAGGGCUGCAAAUCUACAGCUUGUUAGCUGUGGGGAGAGGAUAAUAAGGGGUGGAGUCUUUGUUCUUUAAAUGUUUCGUAGGAAAGCUUUAUCAGAAAAAUUCCACACACGUGAAAACCAGGAAAGCUAUAUCAGAUAAAUUCCAUACACAUGAAAACCUACCUUGAAAGUGAAAAAGGUCGGGGGAACAUUAGGCAUGUAGGUAUAGAAAGGCCUGGUUAGUGAUGCAUACUGACUGGCUGACUCAUCCUGUGCCUCCUUUGCUUCAUCUCUGUGAGCCACACAUUCAUGACUGCUACCUUUCAUGUGCUAGUUGCUUAAUUACUACCUCAUGGCCAGGCAGUUCAGGACAUUUAAAAUUUAAUUAACCAUUGUAAUGCCAGAAAUACCUGACGCAUCAAUACCUUGAGGGGCUGCUGUGGCCAGUCCAUGGAGUGCAAAUACCUGCUGUCUGGGUGAAAAUUCUUUUCUAUCUCAUUUUUUUUCCUGACUCAUAAUAUGAAAAAAAAAUUCAAAUAGCAUGUGUUCUAAUUUAUGCUGGUGUAAUGGAAAUGUACAAUAACAACAAAUAGAUUACAAGCUUUUUGAUUAAAAAGGGUAUGAUAAUUCACUUGUUGCCAUUCCUGGUGUUCACUGGUUGAUGUGUGGAUCAUGAUGUUAUGCUUGUGGGCAGGACCAAGGCUGCACCUCUCCACAUUGCUUCACCUUUGUAUUUACCAUUCUUUUUUAUUUCUCUCCCACAAUGGUAUUUGCCAGGAUAGAGAGCAUUUUGAACACACAUUCUUGGAGUCUUUAUAGCCAUACAAGGCACAGUCCCUCCAGAAUUUUUACAAUUAUUGGAAUGCCACUGAGUUUCCUACAUAUUGUUUGAGCUAUUUUUAUUAUGUGACAUGGACUUCUUAUUAAAGCAGGGGUUCUCAACUUUUUGCAAGCUGGGCCCCCCAAAGGUGGUUCAUUGCAGUUGGGGCUCCCCCCUACUCCCUGCACCACCCACUCAGACCCCUCCCCAGCUAUGCCACCAUAGAUGGAUAAAAUCAGAUAGAUAGAUAGCCCUUGGCUAGGCAUAACAGCUGCAUCUCCUUUGUACUAAUAGCCAGGACAGCAACCAUGGCCACUGAAGGGAAGAUCAGCACACACUUCUUUAACACUGUUAAUAUGAAGAAGGUGAGAGAGGUACUUCCCCCCAACCAUCGCAUCAGAGAGUUUGAUGAGACCGUUCCCAAAGGAUUGCAGGUGGCUGGGGACUACUUUGUGACUACUUUAGACCGUUUCCGUGGCAAGAGGAAGCGAGGGAAGACAUGUAUGGUGCGACUUGAACUUUUUGCGGUACUGGAGGACGGCACCAGAGACGACAGGAAUGUGGAAUGUUUCAUGUAUGGACAGUACUGCGAGGCGUUGGAGGAGAAUCUUGCAACAGAUCUGGACGGCCAGGGUACCUGGUCAGCAGACAAGGCCAGGAAGGAGGGCAAGGUGGUGUGGAUAGUGCUGCAUCAAGCCUAUGUUGUGCCUUACAGGGGGCUGUGGGAGGGCUGGCAUCCACUUUCCUUUGUGGUGGGUCCUGAGACUGGUCCUGACUGCCAGAUGUGGUUGCUGUUGGGGCUGUCAUCCGCGGAGCCUGUCACCUCUCAUGAUUCCACCCCGUCCCCUUCACAUAUUAACCUCACGUCUCCACGGGCAUCACCAUUACUGUGGUCACGAUCACCAUCACCACCACCUCCCACCACUGCCACCACCACUGUCAUUACCUCAGAUGUACAAACUUCCAGCUCCAAGUUAGCCUCUUCUGCCCUUUCCAAAAGACCCACAUCUUCCACCCAAGCCUCCCUGGCACACACUAAACACACCUUCACCACACACUCAAGUUCUAACAUGCACUCACAACUACAGGCCACCUCCACCACAUCCUCAGUUUCUACCAAUGACCCUUCCUGUGCUUCAGUCCAAUCCUCAACCUUAGCUAGAUCUCCUCCUCCUGCCCAGUCUGUCCAGCCCUCAAUCUCAGCUCAGCCCCAUUUCUCCCCACCUAAACAACUAGUGCUAGACAAGUCCCCUUCUAAAGGCAAAACAAAGUCCUCAUCCUUAUCCUCAACCAAAUCCACUGCCAGAGAAAAGUCACCCACUGAAGCUGAUUCCACUGCUAGAGAAAAGUCCCCUGCUAGACCCAAGCGUGCAUUGGCUUCGUCCCCUACCAAACACAACUUCCCUGUCAAAGAAAGGUCCCCUGUCCAAGCCAAGCCCCCUACCAAACCUAAGCCCCCCACCAAACCCAAGAUCCCCACCAAACCCAAGACCCCUACCAAACCCAAAACCCCCACCAAACCCAAGACCCCCACCAAACCCAAGACCCCUACUAAACCCCAGUCCCACAAGCCCCCUGCUACAGCCCAAUCCCCUGGCCGUGCUAGUGCCGCGGCUCCCUCUGUUGACAGCAAAAAGAUAAAGAUCGAGUACAAACUGAAGCCACUGUCUGCUGGAGUGGUAGAUUGCAGGUUAUCAACAGCAGGGGUGGUGGUGGAGGUGGUGAAGAUAGGGGUGCUCACAAGGAACAACACACUCUAUGACAUCUUGAAGGUGGCUGACAAGGCGCUUACAGACCCAGCCGCCAGCCAGACUCACAUGAUGGUCAAGGUGUUCCAUAACGAUGGGAAGGACUGGCCUGAGAACGGCAGGCCAGCAAUGGGUCAGGUCUUGGUGUUCAAGGAUAUGACGUGUAAAGAGUACAAUGGGCGCCUGGAGGGCAUUGUGUACAGCACCAACAUGGUCUGUGUUUGCACUCGGGAUGAGGAUGACCACCUCGUCUGGCACUCCCACUCAAAGAAGUGCCCACACAACAUAGAGGAUGCAGAGAAGGUGGCACUGCAACUGUUUGAUUGGUGGGCGAAAGACGGGAGCAAUUUUCAGUUUGGUCGGCAUGGUGUCCAAGUCUCCUCUCGUGCUGCAGCUGUGCUCCCCACCUGUGAUAUCUCACAUGCUGGUGGCAAAGGACUCUUUACACUUUACUGCCAGGUUGUGAAGAAAACCUUGUUUCGAACCCCUGGAAGAUCAAUGGCUGUUCUGAGGGUGCGUGAUGGCACCUGCACUUCCUACCAGUUUGAGGAGAUCACCUACAAUCCAAUAGUGGAGCUGGAUGAGAGCCAGCUAGUGUUUGGCAGUGUGGGCAGCUUGGAGGUAGACAUCAUGGUGAAGUGCAGCAGCAUGCCACCAAAACUAGAAAACUUGCAGGUUGAAAGCUUUGUGCAGCUGAGAGGUGUGGACUGUAUGCUGCUGCCUGCUGGCUGUCGCAGGCUCAUCUUCAUACUGGAUAAUGAUGAUGAGCAAGUGAAGGUGCUGGGGGAUGAUGAUCCAGAGCUACAGCCUCUCCAGAACCGAGUGUCGCAGGUACUGGAAGAGGACGAAGCAGCAGCAAUGGAAUAUUAUGAUGAAAUUUCCACCAUGAACUGUGAGGAGAUCGAUGGUGGUGCUGGGUUGACACCACAAGACAGUCCUGCUCCAUGCCGUGUCACUCCAAGCCCCCAGCCAGACCUGCACACUGACUCCUUUGAGAUCUUCAUUAGACAAAAUGAGUUGCCCAAGUUGACACCACAAGACAGUCCUGCUCCCAGCAUUGUUGCUCCAGGCCCCCAGCCAGACCUGCACACUGACUCUGAGAUCUUCAUGAGACAAGAUGAGUCACCCAAGAAGCUGCCAUCUGACGGAGAUUUUCCUACGAGCAAACGGCGACGUCUGAAUUUCAGCAGCUCAGGGAUGUCCAUCCAAGCCGUUUUCCCCUUUCGACCGACCCUCCAGCCCUCCAUCUCCCAUCCUUCCCCACAACCCCAUGCUUCAAAAUGUGUCCCAUCUUCACAACUCUCUCCUUUUAGGCAGGACAUCCAUGCUACCUCUCCUCAACCCUCCACCUCUAGGCAGCCUCCCCAUCCCUCCUCCCCGCAUUCCCCUUUCUCCAAGCAGCCCCUCCAUCCCUCUUCUACAAAGGUACCAGCUACCAGACAGUCCCAGCAACACACUCCUCCACAAGUGCCUACCCAUGCAAGCUCUUCUGUCUCAACACAUGAUAGUGCCUUAGAGGAGGUGCAGCAGGCUGGUAGUGCAGAUAUGCCUGUGCCUGCUGCACUCCAGACAACCACACUAAAGUUUCACACAGAGGUGGUGGGGGAGGCAAAGGAGUCCAGCCUGGAGACCUUCUACUUCCAGGGAAAGGUUGGAGAGGUCCACCGUGUUGAGGCUGCCAUCACAGACAUCAGAGUCAUUGCCGGGGAGGACUGCUGGUGUAGAGAUGCAGAUCAUGCAUGUCUCCACCAGUGGGUGUGGGGACUGUGUGAUAAGUGUGACAGUGUAUUCCCGAGCACUCAUCUUGCCAAGUCCUACUCAUCCCUUGCUCUGAAUUCACUGGACAUUCUACUGUGCAGGAGUUGUAUGCAUGAACGUGCAACACACAGCAGUGCACAACCAAUGGAAGGGGAUGGUAAGGAGCAACCACAGGGGACAGCACCACAGUUCCUUGCUGCCGAGGUCAAGCCCUUCAUCAAGAUAAAGGUUGAGGUGGAGAAUCUUACAUCACGCUUCCAACUGACUCUGUGGCUCACUGCAGACAAUGCCAACUUGUUCUUUGGUGUGAAACCCAGCUUCAAGUGGAUAAUAAAGGAAGAGGAGAAACUGCAGGAGAUGAUAGGUACAUUGCUGGAACAGAACUCUUCCCUGACCCUGGGCAUGAUGAAGAAACAGGUGAAAGGGAGAAUUGACUUGCAUAUUGUAAAGACAGUUCUUCACUGUACCUCUCUUCACUCAAAGAUUCCCCCUCCCAAGCCUCCAAACCUUCAGCCUGCCAGUCCUUUAAAUCCUGCCACCUCUCCACUUCCUCAGGCUCCAUGCCCAGAGCCUUCCCGUAUCAGCCCUCCAAAUCCUAAGCCUACUGACCCUCCUGAUUGUCAGCAAACCAGCCCUCCACACACCUAACAUUUGUCUGUCUGCCCUUCAGUUUUCUUAACCUUUCCCUAUUAGCCUGCUUCAUCAACACUAUAAUGUCUAACAAAUGCUUAUUUUUCCAUUGUACCAAAAGCCGGUCUUCCUUUACAAAACUCACCCACACAAGCAAGUACAAAACUUUCCUCGCUUACUCUGCAUUUUAAACCUCUUUCGCCACAAGUUUCUGUCCUAAAUCACUCCUCCCCCAACCUUUAUAAAUCUUCUCUUCUCCAAACCAAGUUACUAUCCACAAAACAAAGUAGCUUACAAUUUACAGAUAGGAAUACUUCAACUACAUAAGAUGAACAUGAUGAUGCAAAAAAACUCUAGAAAAGGUUUAAAUUGAUGCAAAAAACUAUAAAAAAGGUUUACAAUCGUAAUUAUUAUUAUAAAGAUUGUAAACCUUUUCUAGGUGGUGGUUUGGUCUCAGUCUCUAGCUGUUCUUGAAGAGCAUUGUCCCAGUAUUCCUUGUACACUGUACAAGGUCACUAAAAGGAACAAAGUGAGGAACUGGGAAUCCUUUUCUGUGUUAUGUUUAUUGUCUCCAUAAUACAAGAUGUGAGGUCUUGCCAGAUCACGUGAGAAAUAUCUCAGCCUGGAAUCUUUUUUUUAUCUAAAAUUAAAAUGUUAAGUUUAUACUUAAAAAUAACUGAACAUCUCUUCAUGCAUUGUUUUUCAUAUGCGAGAUCCACAUGUUUGGAAGACUCCAGAUAUAUAAAAUAUGUAUAAAAUGUAUAUUUUUUUGUAAUAAUAAAAAAUAUAUACAUUC